AUGGCGCGGCCAUGGAGGCACGUUGUAGGGGCUGCAAGGUGCUGCUCGAGUUCGGCAGGCUCGCAAGGCCUCGGCGUGAAAGAUGCGGGUGUCGUCUUCGCGAGCCUCUCCAAGAGCAUCUACCGGGGCUUCAAGUUUGACCGCAUGUUCCCCAGCGACGACUUGGACCCGCAGGCGGUGAAGGAGUUGGAGCAGCUGGCCUUGAUGAGCCUCAAGACGCAAGACGCCCCUCGCCAGGUCAUGGAGAAAAUCGUGCGGCUGCUGCGGGACUUCGGGCAAAAGAAAGAUCUCCAACGCUACGGGCGGUACCUGCUGAAGCGCCAACGCUCGAGGACCUCCACGGAGGUGCCUCAGGUCUUGCCCUCCGAAUUCCUGCCGGAGAGUGAUCAUGACAAUGGGCCUCUUGCGCAGAUGCGGAAGAACCCCGCCUUCAAAGACCUCUUCGAUCACGCGGGCGUGAGGAACCUGAAUGACUCGACGAUGCGACGUUUGGCCAUCGCUCACAAGGAGGACCGCCGGCACGUGCUGUACCAGAUGUUUUGGUCCCCCGAGGCGGCAUUGACCUAUUUGGCCCACAGGUAUCCGGCGACCUGGGCGGUGAACUUCCGAGUCCUCUUCGAGCUGGCGCGGCGCGCCCCGGACUUUCAGCCCAAGCGGGUCAUGGACUACGGCGCCGGGCCCUGCCCCUCUCUGGCGGCGGUGCAGGAGAUUUGGCCCAAUGUCAUGGAGUAUGUGACGGCAGUAGAGCCCUCCGAGCACAUGACGCAGCUGGGGAAGUACUUGAUGACGGACUUGGAGAUGCCACCCAUCCACUGGCAACGAAGCCUCUACGAUUCCACUGAUGAGGGUUUAGACCUGAUCCUGCUGAGCUAUGUGCAGAUGGAGGUGAAGGGCCAGGACUCCCGGGACGCCCUCAUCAAGCGCCUGUGGUCUCGGCUUCGUCCGGGCGGCGUGCUGGUGCUCAUCGAGCCGGGGACUCCCACGGGCUUCCGCUUCAUGCACCACACCCGGGAGAUGCUGAUCUCACGCGUUGGUCCAGAGAACUUUCACUUCGUGGCGCCCUGCCCUCACGAGGGCAUGUGCCCCCUGGCCCUCACGGGACGUGACUGGUGCCAUUUUGCGCAGAGGGUGCGGCGCACGCCGCACCGGGUGUACUGCAAGGGCUCCAAGAAGCGCUUCAUGGAGGAGGAGAAGUUCAGCUUCCUCUGCAUCCGGCGCGCCCCGGGGCCAAGGUCCAAGUACCGCUGUGAGGAGCACGCGCCGACGCCGCAGGAAAAGACCUACUUUUGGCCGAGGAUUAUGUUCCCGGUCAUCAAGGCAGGCGGCCACACCAUGAUCGACGUGUGCUCUGCCCCGCAGAACUUCGAGCGACUCUCGGUGUCCCGAAGCAGACCCCACUCCUUUGGCUACCGCUGGUCCCGCCAGGCCAUGUGGGGCGACCUGUGGCGCUUCCCCAAGCGCAUAGCGAGACCGGAGGCGCGGGCCUACAUCCCGGAGAAGACCCGGGAGCACCUGGACCGCCUGGCCAAGCGCGCCUGGAAGGCCCUGAAGUGGCAGACCCAGGAGCCCGGCUUCGAGGCGGAGAAGGACAUCACCAACCCGCCAAUGUACCUUUCAGACUUGGUGCGGCAAUACACGGUGACGCCUGCCUGGAUGCCGGUCAGUACUGGCAUGCCAACCUUGAGCUGGAGCCCUUGGAGUUGGCAAAUUCAUGGUUUCAACUCUGGUGACAAGCCGGAGCAGUCUUUGCUGACUGGCUCCUCGCGCUCGAGUGCACGGACGGGGACGUCAGGAGGUCGAUCUUCGGUUGCACGCUCUGCAGGCUGGCUCCCGGGCCUGCCGCAGGGGUGCGAGGACGAUUUCGAGUGCAACGACGGCAAGGCCAACUUCCCGCUGCAAUGCUGCGAGAUGCCGCUUCUGGGCAAGUUUUGCUGCGAGCCGCCAGACGACUUCGCCAACGCCAAGGGUGUGCCAGAGAUGCCCGCAUGGGUGCCACUGCCCGUUCCUGUCGAGGAAAUGGAGUAA